AUGGAUAUAGCAAAAGAUAUUUUCAAAUGUUUUCAAUCCAACAUGGAAACCUUCCCCGACUUUACAGUCAUAGUUAGCGACUUUCAGUUUAACUGUCACAGGUUUGUCUUAAGUUCCUGCUCUGGUUUCUUUGAGGCUCUCAUGAGGACAGAUAUGAAAGAAAAAGCUGAAUCAAUCUGUACCUUAAAGGACAUCUCACCAGAAACAUUUGGUCUCAUACUUGAUGUUCUUUAUAAGGGAAAAAAUGUUUUAAAUAAAGAAAACAUGCUGGAAUUGUGGAAGGCUGCUAAUCAACUGCAGAUUAACUUGCUAAUAACAGCCUGUAAAAAAUGUGUUAAGAAAAAUAUUACGAUUGAAAACUGUAUAAAUGUUUUAAAAACUGCAGAGCUUUUGCAAUCGCUAAGUGUUAUUGCAAAAGUUAAAAAUGUAAUGGUGACAUCUUACUUUGAUUUGGUAUACUCUGAUAAUUUCAAGCAGGUAUCUUUAGAUGAACUGGUAGAAAUUCUUCAGAAUGAUCAACUAAAAGUAUGCCCAGACUUCUGUGUCACUUCUGUUAUGAUGUGGGCAAGUGCAGAGGACUAUUCCCAUUUGCCCCCAAUUAAGUCUAUAGAUGAAUUUUGUCAAAGAAAGUGGACGCAAAAUUCUACUUACAAUUAUAUUAAAGACUCAGGAAGUGCAACUUACCGUAGAUCACGCCUAGAUAAACUACUCAGUGUUAUCCAGCUACAGUGGGCAAGCAAAGAGUGUCUCUCUAUGCUUAUGAGCAAUGAAUUUAUCAUCGGAAACAAGAAUGCAAUAUAUUUGGUCAACCGUAUUGCUGCAGCGAGACUUGAUGGUGUAGAUGAAGUAAAACAGCCACACCGUGUAGGUAUGAGCUAUAAAAAAUGUCAACAUUGUUCUACAAAACAUAAUGGAUAUACGGACGCAUUCUAUGGAUAUUCAACAUAUGAAUGCAAUGACAGUGAAUGGUUGUUAAUUAAUUAA